CUACGCUGAGAAAUAUCAUGAACAGGUUCCCGAUCGACCCUUACGAUCGCGUUUGGAACCCCUUCAACGAUCCCUCCUGGCUCACCUUGUCCACCAACUCGACCGUGGACAACAGCUUCGAUCCGUUCGAGCCGCCGUCCGCUGUGAUGCAGACGGCGGUGACUCCGGCCAGUGGCUCGCAGCUGGCCUUCGCCUGGGACUCCGUCUCCCCCGACGACAAGCUUUACACCAUUCUGCACUUCGCCGAACCCCAGAAUCUGACGGGAAACGCAACGAGGGUGUUCGACAUCAUCUGGAAUGACGAGUCCUGGGUUAGUGGGUAUACCCCGCUUUACCUCUCGGCUGAUUGCAGAUACGACUCUGUGCCAUUCGAAGCCAAUUUUGAGUAUCAAUACGUGCUCAACGCGACGAGCGACUCCACCCUCCCGCCCAUCAUCAACGCCUUCGAGGUCUAUUCGUUGAUGCAGCUCACACAAGCCGCCACCGAUUCCGGAGACGGGACUUGUCUCACAACAGCUUUAAUGGAACAAUACCUGAUUUUCUAGGCAGUUUAUCAUCUCUCCUUGUCCUAGAUUUGUCUUUUAACAAUUUAACAGGAACAGUACCCGAUUCUCUUGAAAAUCUUGUAUCACUCCAA